AUGGUUGAUGACCACCUCGACGCAGUCCACUACCUCCAGUCCUAUUGUGCCGUCGUCUCUGUUAUCAUCAUGUGCGUCCACGGAGCCCUCUACCUCCUCUGCUUCGCCCACUGCCCGCACAACCAGAUCGCGUCGUGGGCCAACAUCCCGGGCGCGUCCAUCACCAUGUGCGACGCGGCCAAGGCGCGCGCCAAUGCGGCCGGCGCGCAGGGCAAAUACGACGGCGCCGUUACCGAGCACGUCCCCGCCUCCAAGGACAUCAGCUUAGUGGUCAACCCGUACUGCUGCAAGAAGGGAGAGGACGGGUACGAGGAGAACGAGUCGGCCAACUCGCACCACUACUACUGGUGCGACAAGUGCGCCGACGACAAGAAGAAGCCCAGGUACCCACGCACGACGGUGAGCGAGUAG